CUGGUAUCCAGUUCUUUGCUUUGCCCCCGUCCAUAGCGCUGCCGUAUGUGAAGGGGAAGAAGAAAUAUUUCGGCGCGCAAAUCUCCGCCUCCAUUCGCGCGCUGCAAUUCUCGUGCUCGAUUCGCGGCGAUGAUGAUUCCGUGGGGCGGAGUGGGGUGCUGCCUCAGCGCCGCGGCGCUGUAUCUCCUUGGGAGGAGCAGCGGAAGAGAUGCGGAGGUGCUGCGGUCGGUCGCGAGGGCUGGCAGCAUGAAGGAUUUAGCUGCUAUCUUGGACACUGCAAGUAAAGUCCUACCACUUGUAGUGGCCGUUUCUGGAAGAGUUGGUUCAGACACGCCACUUAUAUGCCAACAAAGUGGCAUGAGAGGUGUAAUCGUUGAGGAAACGGCAGAGCAACACUUCCUGAAGCACAACGAUGCUGGAUCCUGGAUUCAAGAUUCUGCAGUGAUGCUUUCUGUUAGCAAAGAGGUUCCAUGGUAUCUGGAUGAUGGAACUGGACGUGUCUAUGUGGUCGGUGCUCGUGCUGCAGCUGGUUUAAUUUUAACUGUUGCCAGUGAGGUUUUUGAGGAGUCAGGGCGGACACUUGUACGUGGAACUCUAGAUUAUUUACAAGGAUUGAAGAUGCUUGGAGUAAAGCGAACUGAAAGGGUUCUUCCAACUGGAACCUCGUUGACGGUUGUUGGUGAGGCCAUUAAAGAUGAUGUUGGAACUAUUCGAAUUCAGAGACCGCACAAAGGACCAUUUUAUGUAUCACCAAAAAGCAUUGAUCAACUUAUCUUGAAUCUUGGAAAAUGGGCCAAGUUAUACCGGCUUGCUUCCAUGGGCUUUGCAACAUUUAGUGUUUUUCUCCUUGCAAAGCGUGCAAUUCAGCAUUUUCUGGAAAGGAAGCGCCGGCACGAACUGCAGAAAAGGGUUCUUAAUGCAGCAGCACAAAGGCAAGCUAGAGAAGCUGAAGGGGGCAAAGGUACAUCAAACACAGAGCCUAACAGUAAAAAAGAUCAAUUGGUGCUGGAUAUAUGUGUUAUAUGCCUUGAGCAAGAGUACAAUGCUGUUUUUGUGCCGUGCGGCCACAUGUGUUGUUGUAUGGCCUGCUCUUCACAUUUAACAAACUGCCCACUUUGCCGGAGAAGAAUAGACCAAGCUGUCAGAACUUUCCGCCAUUGACAGUAAUAUAUGAAUGUAUGAUGCAAAAACUGGCAUGGUAUCACCACGGUGAGCUGCUUCUUUUGAAACCAGUUGGUCAACCAAAGGACAUGAACUGCAAUACUGGGCUGAAGCUUCUUCAAGGAGUUUGCUGGCAGAACAGCGAGUGAUGCAAGCUCAUAGCCAAUGGGUGCCCUUGCCUGUAAUGUACUACAAUUGUGUACAGAACGUUCUUGUGUAAAUGCACAUAGGCUAGCAGCGAGUUUAUUGAUAAUAUGGAUGCUGGUAACAUUUAUCGCUGCCCAAUGGGCAUUUGUGCAGAGGAAUAACAAAGUUGUUCGCUUUGUUGACAUUAAUCAAAUUUUCUGGUGAAUGAGAAUGGAACGCUAUCUGUGGUUCUUUUGUGCCCA